UCCCCGGGCAGGUCUCCCCUGGUGAUGAAGAGGAACGGGAUGUGCUGGUGGCUUGUCACUGUCCUGGGGGUGCUGAGCAGCCCCGGUGCAGGGGCCGGGAGCUGCGGUCCCCGGGGGCACGGGACACCAGGAUGCGCCCCCGGAGAGGAGCCCACUGGGGAAUGUGGCUCAGUGGGGAGGUGCCGAGCUUGUCCCCCCGGCACCUUCUCACGGGGGGACACAUCCUGCUCCGCUCACACCCGCUGCCGGGAUGGGAACAGGAUCCUGGUGGCUCCGGGCACCGCGGGCACCGACAGCCGAUGCGGAUCCUGCCUCCCGGGGUUUUACAGCCCUGAAGGGGAGAAGGAGCCCCGGGGCCCGUGCCUGCCCUGCGCCAGCGCUCCCCGCAGCACCCCGGGGUGCCGAGGCCGGCGGCGAGUCCGCAGCCCUGAAGCCCUGGAGCAGCCGGUGGGGACCAACGGGACAUGGGUGGCUCUGAGGGGUGAGGAAGAGGAGGAGGAGGCAGCAGCAGCACAGGCGGCCGUGCUGACCAUUGUCCCGGUCUUCUGUGCCAUGGGGCUGCUGGGCAUCCUGGUCUGCAACCUGCUGAAGAGGAAGGGUUACUACUGCACCACCAGCAAGGAGCCCCAGCCUGGAGCCACCGGUCCCAGCUCCAUCUACCCGCUGGAGGAUGCCAAUGAGGACACCAUCGGGGUGCUGGUGCGGUUGAUCACUGAGAAGAAAGAAAACGCUGCAGCGCUGGAGGAGCUGCUGAAGGAGCAUCACAGCCAACAGCCACCGGGCUGCGCCCCCCCAGAUAAGCUGCACCUCCUGCCUCAGUUUCCCCCCUCCUGCCAGCACCAGCAGCACCUCCACACAGUGCAGGGCCCAGCCCCGUGCGCCCGCUGCAGCCAGAAGUGGCCCGAGGUGCUGCCACCGCUCAGUGCCACCAAGGGCCCCAAACCCGGGGGUCGGCCCACUGAGGUCACCAUCCUCUCUGUGGGCAGGUUCCGCGUGUCCCGCAUCCCGGAGAUGAGGAGUGAUGCAGGGGGUGAAGCCCACCAUGGACCCCUGCCCACCGGGAGUGGGAUGUGGUUGAGGAGCACUGAUGGCCCCCCCAAGCUGGCACCAGGCCUGGGGGCUGCCUCGGGGGGACGGUGACACCCACAAAGACCCCACGGAGGGGACAGAGGAUGCUGGGCACCGUGUGAAAGCCAGUCCUGUGUGGAGCCAUGAAGUGCUGGAGGCGGCAGCGUGGCUUCUGCUCCUGCCACCAAGGUGUCCAUCAGGAGCGUGGCAAACCCAUCGUCUGGCCCAGCUGGUGAGAAGGAUUCCCUGUCCCCAAGGACUGGUGGUGGCCAUGGCACGGUGGGCUGAUGGAGAGCACCUCUUGGAGCUGCAACACCGGUGGUGGUGGUGGCCAUAUCGUGGUCCCCUGACGGAGAGCAUCUCUGGGAGCCAUGAUGCUGGUGAUGGUGGCCACAUCGUGGUCCUGUUAUGGACAGCAUCUCCUGGAGCUGCAGCACUGGUGGUGGUGGCCGUAUCAUGGUGAGCUGAUGGAGAGCAUCUCUGGGAGCCACUGAUGCUGGUGAUGGUGGCCACAUCGUGGUCCCAUUAUGGACAGCAUCUCCUGGAGCUGCAGCACCGGUGGUGGUGGCUGUAUCAUGGGGAGCUGAUGGAGAGCAUCUCUGGGAGCCAUUGAUGCUGGUGAUGGUGGCCACAUCGUGGUCCCGUUAUGGACAGCAUCUCCUGGAGCUGCAGCACCGGUGGUGGUGGCUGUAUCAUGGGGAGCUGAUGGAGAGCAUCUCUGGGAGCCAUUGAUGCUGGUGAUGGUGGCCACAUCGUGGUGCCCCUGAUGGAUAACAUCUCUGGAAAGCCAGGAUGCCAGAGCACAGCCCCAUUGGAGACACCAUGCAGUGGAGGAUGUCGUGCAGCUGGGAUGCCAUGCCAUGGUCACCUUGGUCUGUUGAACUGAAGCCUCUCCAGGAACACCACGAGCUCUUGAUUUCCCUCCAUCACGAGGUACCAGCACUCCACACCGCAGUCUAAUGACAGUCUGUGGACCACGGAACAGCUCCCACCUUACAACAAGCCACCCAGGGCAUGGGCUGACCUGGCCAAAAGCUGGUCUCCUGCAUGGACAUCUCUAUCCAAGGUCUCAAUCGACCCAGGAGAUCCACUCUGCUCACCAUGAAGCUCACACACUCCUCCUAGAGGACCACACUGACCUCUUCGAUGGCCACGCUGGGCUCAGCGGAACGACCCACCCAAGGUUGAGUUGGUGACCACCAAGCUCCACAACCACCCUAGGAAUGGGUUUAUGGCUGCUCCCAUUCACUUCACCCCCUCACCACCAAAAAAAAACCAACCACAGCCCCCUCUUGGGCUCUUUUAUUUAUUUUUUAUCUCUUUUUGUUUUUUGGAAACAUGUUCAUAGGUCUCCAAUGUUCUACAUCUUACAGGUAAUAUCAGACAGUUACAAACUUGGAGGGGGGGGGGGGAGAUCACGACCUGAUCUUCAGAACCAAAACCAGAACAAACCCCAAAACCAGGGAACUAAACCCAAAUGGACACUCUCAGAUGGACAAACCGAGGCUGGGGACGCAGGGAGGGGGCUCUCCAGGGCAUCACUUCAAGGCCAUGCUCCCUCCACACCUUUGAGACUUGGAAGACAUGGUUACUCCUGGGUUUUGUCUUUAUUUCUCUUACUUUUUGGUAUUUAUGGUAUUUAUUUUUUGCUUAAGAGGUCAAAUACUAUUUAAAAAUGAGCUGGUUUGGGGG